AUGCCGACGUUUGGGACUGCAGAAGGAGAGACGCGGUUCCCCGACUAUGGUCCCCAUAUCGCUAUCAUCGGUGACACACCUCCGGAUGAUAUUCCUUAUACGUAUCGUCCAGAGGACCUGGGAAUCGUGACUUCUACCGGAACCAUUGAUAAUUCCGACUGGCCGACCGCAGGCAAUCCACCUCAGCCUGCUGCUUCUCGAUCUUCUGCGGCUCAAGCUACACCUUCAAACAAUACUCCGUAUAGUGAUGCUCCAACGACAGUGGUCCAUCCACGUCCUCAGACUGUCACUGUGCAAACUUCCCACUUGAUCGUUCCGACGACUCCACCUCCCAGUCGUCCUUCUACGCGGACCGUGAUAGUAACGACUGCAAGUUCAAGUCACUCUGACAGGGUUCGAGCUUCGCUUGUUCAAAUUCCGAGUACGACCCAGGAGGACGUUACCUCAAGCACCCUCGCCUCCUCGACCACGACUACUUCAGGCCCUGCUGCUACAACCUCUGCGGCUCCUGCAGUACAUAGCAAGGCGAGCAUUGUCGUGAGCGUUUUGUUGGUAUCCCUAUUAGGGGUGGCGGCCGUCUCUGCCUUUAUCUCGUGGCUAGUGCGAGUCCGUCGUCGUCAGCAGCUGAGACGGUUUGAAAGGAUGAGCAUCAUGAAUCACCUUCACGAAGGGGCUACCUCGAACACUUCCUCUGAUUCUUUGGAAAAGGAUGUAGAGGUCGGUACAGUGGAUUCGUCAUACCAGUCGACCCUCCGACCGGCGAUGCCCCUCUAUCCUGAAUACAGUCCUGCACUGCACAGUUCUUCGACGCUGCAGAAUAUGAGUCCGCGCUUACAAGGUCGUGUUCCAGUCCAUGAUGGCCUCGCUCGUUCGCCACUGCACAUUGCCAAUCUAGCACCAGGCGAGAUUUACAAAG